UCACUCUAACAAAACUGCAUUAAUCUCUCUCACCAGCUCCUCUUCGUCGUCUUCAUCUCCAUCCUCCCUCUGCCAUUGCUUAUAGUUUCAGCAGCUGAAAAGAAAGAUAAACGGGCAACAAUAAGAUGCCGAGGCCUGGUCCGAGACCGUACGAAUGCGUGAAACGAGCUUGGCACAGCGAUCGUCACCAACCCAUCAGAGGUUCACUCAUCCGUCAGAUUUUCAGACUCGUCAGAGAAGCUCAUAGCGCGACGACGAGGAAGAACAAGGAAUGGCAGGAGAAAUUGCCGGUGGUUGUCUUAAAAGCCGAGGAGAUCAUGUACUCCAAAGCCAAUUCAGAGGAAGAGUAUACAAAUGCUGAGACGCUAUGGAAUAGGGUUAAUGAUGCUGUUGAUACGAUCAUUAGGAGGGAUGAGAGCACUGAAACUGGGCAGCUUUUGCCUCCUUGUGUUGAAGCUGCCCUUAAUCUCGGAUGCGUUGCUGUGAGAGCUUCAAGAAGCCAACGGCAUAGUAACCUAAGGACUUACCUCACCCCGAGAAUUCAAGAACCAGUUUCUGCACCUGGUAGAACAGCAGAUACAACUUCUAAUGAGCCAUACCGUGAUUGUCAAUCCCAUAAAUCCAAUAAACCGAGCCAUUCAGCUAAAGCAGGAAUUACUGUGGAUAUACCUGAUAAUAGUGCAACUGAAAACAACAAAUUUAUUGCUCCUUGUGGUGGUCGUCCAUUUCUACAUGGAUCCAUACUGCAGAUGGGGCAUAACCAGUUGGCUAGACUAGACACUGGUGCUCCAGUAACCUUGGGGUCUGUUUAUCCCCUUUAUUACGGGGCUAAUAGUCGGGCAGAUAAGCAAGUAAACUUGUCGGGUGUCAUUGAACAAACGAGUGCCGGACCCGUAAUCAUUGGCAUGCCAAUUGGUGUACCGGAUUCGUAUCCGGGUGAGAAGGCUGGGUUUCAAGAUCUUUUCUCACGUUCAACAACUGCUUUGACUUCUAGAGAGACAGAACAAGCAAAACUGAAGGAAACCCUGGAUAAACGGACUAAGGUAAUCUGCGAUUUGUCUUUGAGGCUUGGUCCAUCUCCCGAGCCGUGCGCAAGAAUGGAAAAGGCUUCCCUCCUAGAAGAUGUGGGGUGUAGCAAUGAAAGAGAUUGCGGGUCUAGUCAACAUUACCCAAGAAGAAAAGAAGAGUUAUGUUUUCUAUCUGGGAUGAAGAAGAAUGGUGUCUUUGGAUCAAACCGGGGCCAAUGGUUCUCAAAUCACGAAGGACACGACGUUUUCGAGUGGAUGUAUGAUACAGACAGGAGAAGACGAGAAAGGCCGAGACCCCCCCUGGAGCGUAAUGUGGGAGACAAGAGUGAUAAUGCUAUUGUCCACUCUCCUCGGUGUACGAUGAUCAUCUGUCCCUGUCAUCUGUCUAAAUUCUCUGUGUGUCUUCCUUUUCAUGUGAUCUUUGCAGGAAGGACAACUAAUGGAUCGUCAAUGAGACUCUUCAUUUGUUUUCUUACAUAGCAGAGAGAACAGUCAAAAGAUUCUUCAUGGAAGCUUCACUCAAGGUCACAAGUCCUCUUGAGAGAGACGAAUCCGAACCUAAAUCUGAACCCGAAGCCUGAAGGUAAGGUAUUCUAUUUCACCGAAUCCAAACUCGUCCCCAUCGUUGUCCGAGUACCCGAUUUUACGCAAAAAUCGGGUAGCUUUGCUAAGCCAUAUUCGACACAUUUGUCCUAAACGUCAUAGCUAUAGCUUUUGCGGUAAUACGAGUAUAUCAACCCGACCUUUCCAAACAGAUUUCUAGUUAUGGUAAAGUGAUAUAAACGAAUCAAAUCGAAUACGAAGAUCAAAUAUCUAUCAAGACAGGGCAUUUUGUAAUGAAAUUAAAAGAUGAUUUCUUCUUCUUUAUAGUUAACUUGUAGGGUUCUGAUCUUCUUUGUUACCAAUGUAAUGAAACGACGUUCACGGGUAUUCAUAUCGAGCAAACGGGUUUGAUCCAUC